AUGAGGGCUUUGAAGCCUAUCACAGACAAUGUGCCGAAACCAAGACGCCUAAACACGCUUAGGAAAAAGCGUGUUGAACUAAAACUGGAAGAAAGGGUUGAAAUUGCCAAUCGACUAGAGGCUGGAGAGAAAGCGUGGAAAUUAGCGGACGCAUUUGAUGUGUCCUAUGACACAAUUCGCCGUUAUCGGAGACAAGUAAGAAGCACGAAACAAUUUCUAUCGACGUGUCGCAAUAAAGCCAGGAAACGAACCAGGAAAGUGAAGUACGAUGUGAUUGACGCCAAAGUUCACUCGUGGGUCCUGGAGAAAAGAGCGCAGGGCCAUAUUCUUCCAGGCCCUUUGAUUCAAGAGAAGGCUGUACUGUUAGGCGAGUCGUUAGGACUGGAAACAUUCAAGGCAAGUAACGGGUGGUUUCAGAAAUUCAAGAAGCGCCAUGGGGUGCGCGUACUUCAUAUCGAAGGGGAAAGGCUGACCGCAAAUGAAAUAGAAGCGAGAGCUUUCAUCGGCAAUUUUGAAGAGGAGCUAGAGAAAUUCGAUAUGCGUGAUGUGUACAAUUUCGAUGAGUCGGGGCUUUUCUGGAAAAGUGUCCCGACCAGGACAUACGUCCACGCGGGAGAAACACGAGCUGACGGGGCUAAAGUUCGCAAGGACAGGGUAACAAUCGGAGUGUGCGCUAACGCUACGGGGUCCCACAAGCUGCCACUUCUAAUGAUAGGCAAGGCUAAACAUCCUCGAGCCCUGAAAGCCUACUGGAAUCACUUCGAAAAGAUGCGAAUCAUUUAUAAGCACCAAUCUAGUUCCUGGAUUACAGCGGAAAUCUACACAGACUGGAUACGGAAUUAUUUCAUUCCGUUAGUGGAGCAACGCCAGAAAACAGAGGGGCGUAGUGGUGAAAUACUUCUCCUGGUUGACAACUGUGCGGCACACAAAUUAGUCGGAGAGGAGGCCGACAUCGCGGCGAUAAAAGAAAAAGUAAAAAUUUGGUUCCUUCCGCCGAACACCACUUCCCUAAUCCAACCUAUGGAUCAGGGAAUAAUCAUUAAAUUAAAAAGGUGCUUCCAAAAAAGAUUUUUGCGCAAAGUUUUAGAGUGUGACGAGGGGCUGACUGCUUUUUAUAAAGGGUACAAUCUGAACGAUUGUGUUAAUAUGGUGGCGGAUUCUUGGGGAGAACUGACUGUUGCUAACUUACGCAACGCUUGGCGCAAAUUGCUGCCGACAACGCUGCCGCCGUUACCUCCAGGAUCCGACAUCAUGAAUCUGACCCCGGAGACAGACACAAUCGUUGAACUUCUUCACAAAGCUUCCGGCGGGAUCACGCGGGAUGAGGUUAAUGAAUGGUUAAUUGAUCUGAAUGAAGGGGAGGCACAAGUAACGGGCCCCGAUGGCCCGAGCAGGGCGUUAGAUUGUGAGGGGAUGUCCGGAGGAGAGGACGAGGACAGUGGGGACAAGGAGGACAAGACGGACAAGGAAGACAAUGAGGACUGGGAGGAAUGGGUGAAAAGGGUGGACAAGGAGGAAUGGAAGGAGAGAGAUGAAGAGGUGGAAGAGACGGGGCCUUUAUUGGAAUGCUUCAUUGGUAACUAG